UUUGAUAUAUCAGAGAUUUUUUUUUACACGUUUUAAGGUAAAAUUAAAACAACAUCGAACGCACCGGAAGAAGUAUUCCUGCGCAUGAUGGCGGCUUAGAACGAAAAUCGUGUUGUGUGAAUGAUAAAAACUAAGUUUACUCCUAGUUUUAAGGAUAUUACAAGUACUAGAACCUGUAACCAUGCCAGCAAAGCGUAAUGCCUCUGCUGGGAAGAAGGCGGGAACUAAAGAACCAGAAGCUGGUACUAGACGGUCUACAAGAGGUGCUUCUUCUUCCACAGAUAGUAAGCCAAAUGCUGGAAAUAAGAGAAAAGCUAGUCCUAGCCCAUCUCCUGCUCCCAAAAGAGCAGCUUCUGCAAAGAAAGGAAGAACAGUGAGCCCAAGUCCAGUGCCAGAAACAAGGCCAGCAAGAGGUAGAUCAGCUGCAAGGAAGAAGGAGGAACCAAAGCCAGUGGAAGCAAAACCAACUAGUAGGAGUGCCAGUAAUCAGAAAGGGAGAGUUACCAGAAAUGUUGUUCAAGAAGUAGAGAAAAACACUACAGAGACAAAGUCUAGAAGUUCCUCAAGAGGAGCAAAAGCACCAGGAACUCCAAAAAAUUCUAAAGCUCCAAAGAGUAAAGCAGUAACACCCAGUCCAAAAGUUAGUACUCCUAAGAAGAAAGAGGAAACCCCCAAGAAGAAAGAAGAAACUCCCAAACAAAAGGCAACUCCACGUGGACGUUCUGCUACUCCUAGGCAAACAAAAGCAACCCCCAAGAAAGCUGAAGUUGCUCCAAAGCAGAAGCCUACACCUAAACAAAAGCCUUCCCCAAAACAAAAGCAACAAUCCCCGCAAAAGAAGCAAGAACCAGCUUCAAAGAAAGAAACCACAAAAUCAACACCAGUAAAGAAUACCAAAUCACCUCCUACAAGCUCUCGGUCAAGGCGUUCUAGAAAUACUGAGCCUGUUGAAGAUGAGUCAAAGGUUAAUACUGCAGAGGAAAAAGAGGAAAAAGCUGAAAAGGACAUUAAAGAUAAAUCAGUUGAAGAAGGAAAAGAAGAUGUUGCUGAGGAAGAUUCUAAAUCAGAUGCAGUUGCAAAAAACACAGAAGGUGAAGUAACAGAAGAAGGUUUAGAUGAAACAGAUCAAACUGCAGAAAAAAUAGAUACUGCAGAAAAGGAAGAGGAAAAAGAUGAAGAGAAAAUUGAUGAAAAGGAACCUGUAAAUGAAGAUGAUAAUGUUGAAAAAGAAGAUAGUGUUGAAAAAGAAGAUGAAAGUAUUGAAGAGGACCAAAAGACAGAAGAGCAAACCAAAGACAUUAAUGAAAAAUCCGAAGGAAAAUCUGAUGAAACAACACAAGAAAAUCCUAAAUUGGAAGAAGAAGAAGAAGAAAUGGAGACAGAAACUAUAGAAGAUGCAAGUGAUGAGAAGGAUUCAGAAGAGGAGAAAUCUAAAGAAAUGAUAGAAAACACAGAAACUGUAAAAGAAACAGUUGAUGAAAUUGAUUCACAGUCUCUUGAAAAUGAUAAUAAAGUAGAAGAAAAUGUUGAAUUAAAUGAAGCAGAAGAACCUGCUAAGGAAAAUUCAACUGAAGCAAAUGAAGUGGUAACUAAGGAGGCAUCAAUUAAUUUAAUUGACGAUGAUUCAAAUGAAGGUGUUGAAGAUAUUAGCGAACAAUCUGAUGACAUGCCUCAGAAAGUAAUAGACUUAAAUGAGGAUUCUGGUGAAGCUAUAAUUACACAAGAGGAGCCAGCUGUUAUUAAUGAUUUGACAAACAGUGAUGAUGUUGAACGUGGGGGUGCUGGUGAUAUAGAACCAAAAAAUAAAGUGUCCACUGUUGAAGAAAUUUCAGAUGAUGAUAUUGAAGAAAUAGAAACAGUAGCAAACAAUGUCCAGGGUAAUGGUGCAACUAAUACCAAUGCAGGUAAUGAUGAAAUUGAAGUAAUUGAUUUCGUAAGUCAGGAAGAUAAAUAUGUUGAAAACUGUCCGACUAAGAGAAAAUUCGAUGAUGUUGAAACCAAGGAGAUAGAUGACACAUCACCUCAUAAAAAGGUUAGAUUAUCAGCAACAGAAGAUGAUAUUCAGGAAAAUGGUUCUGGUACACAGGGAGACUUGGAAAAAGAUUAUGUUGUUAUUGAAAUGGGCGAUGUUCCAGCUUCAGAUAGUGCUGAGGUUCAGACCAGUCUUCCCAAUCCAAUAUUCAACCGAUCAUUCAUCCCAAAUCCAACUUUUAGUGGUUCAUCAGACAAUUCUAAGCAAUUUUCUUUAGUGAGUUACAAUAUUCUAGCUGAUUGUCAUUUGUUUAAGAAUGACUAUAGUUUCACUGAGUCCAAGUACUUACAACCCGAGUACAGAUUGAAGAAUGUUAUUGGAGAGUUGAAGUAUCUAGAUUCAGAUAUAGUGUGUCUUCAGGAAGUAGGUCCACAGUUCUUCAAUGAUCAGUUAUUACCGAGCAUGAAAAGCCUUGGUUACGAUGGAGUACACAAGAAGAGAAAUGCUGAUUACUAUGACGAGGGUGAGGCCACAUUCUACAAGACCAGUAGAUUUACAGUUGUUGAAACACAGUCUACAACAUUUUCACAGUUACUUCAAAAGGAAUUGGAAGGAAUAGAUCCUGCUAUACAAGAGGCUGUUAGGACGUAUACAGAUUUACCUGAUGUUGUAAUUGUAACAAAACUGCAGUGUAAAAAUACAGGUCGUGAAGUAACGAUUGGCAAUGUUCAUAUAAACUGGGGAGAAAUGAAAAUGCCAGAUAUACAGUGUGUACAGAUAACUAGUGCUGUGAAACAAGUGUAUAGGAUUGCCAGUGCAGUGAAAGAGAUUGUUUCUAAGGCAUCUGGGGACAACUUCCCUCAUAUAAUAUGUGGGGACUUCAACUCACCGCCCAUGAGUCCAGGCUACCUGGUAGCUAAGGAUGGUUAUCCCAGUGGCGAUGAAACUAUCAACACACUGAUGAAGAUUGAAGGGCUUGAGCUGCCUGAUUCAAAGAAAGCAUCUUUAGUGAACUCAUUGUGGCCAGCCUUCCAGCAUACAUCAUCCUCGUUAAGAAGUGUUUAUAGUGAAGCCCAGGGUUAUGAACCUGAGAUCUCGUCAUACAAUCGGGUGAUGUGUGACACGGUUGACUACAUCUUCUACAGCUCUGUGUCCCUUGAGAACGUUGGUGUGCUACAGACAGCAUCAAAGGAACGAGUGAUGGAAACUGGUGGCAUACCUAACCGUUUCUUCCCGUCAGAUCAUAUCUCCAUCAAAGCUGUCUUGUCAUUCAAAUAAUUGAACAAGUAUAUAGCCUCAGUGCACUUCAGGACAUAGCAACAUAGUCAAAGGAUCUCAAGACAAGAUAAACCAUGUGUGAUUAUAAGAAAAAAAACAUGAUUGAGGGAUGGACAUUGUCAUCAUAUUUUAUACCUUUUAGACAUCUCCUUCAAACUUUCCCUCCACACAUAUUGUUUUGUAGAGUUUUAAUUGCCAGUUGUUAUACUGUAACUGAUCAAAAUAGCAUACAUUUAAUCAGAAAUUUUUUCUCACAGGAGUUUGAUUAUAUGAGAGAUGUUAGAAAUUCAGAAUUAUGUAAAUUGAUUUUGGAAUCAAAUAUUUUUGUCGUACUUUUUCUCCAUAUUUUUUAAUAUUUCAUCUUAGAAUGGCAGCUACGGGAAUAAAUCGGUAUAGAAGAUUACAUAAUAACAUACUUAAACAAUGAUAACAAACUGUAAAGCAUUGCAUAUUUCAGAUAGUAUAUCUCUAUAGGUUUUUCCUAGAAACGGAUUUUGUGUUUUGAGAGUUGAUUGAUUGUUAUUUUCAUGCAUUUGUUUAAGGUUAUUCUUGUAUAUGUUUCAUUUUUUCAUACUUGAUUCAUUUAGAUAGACUCUGUACAUAGUUUUAAAAUACUUCGCAGGAUAAAGUUAUUAUUAUUGUCAAUGUCACAGAGUGCACCUGGUUCAAUAUUUUAGUUUAAAAUAACUAAUAUUAGUGAUUAAGAUAUUGUAUAAACUUAUCUAUUUUCAUUAACUUAUUUAAUUACACUCAAGAUAUUAUAAGGAAAAAACAGGGAAAAAGCUCUUUGUUAUUGCAUGCAAGGCUUCUUGCUUUCAUUGGCUCAUUUAGAAAGAUUUCUUGUCUCUGUAUAAUUGAUUCAGUAUGUGUUGACAUGCAUUCAAACUUUUAAAGGUGCAGAUUACCUCUGUCAGAACAACUAAACAAGCCACAUUAAGCCAAUAGAACUCUAUAUUCUGAUUGCCCCGAUCAUUGAGCUCUAUAUUCUGAUUGCUCUGAUCAUUGAGCUUUUUUUAAUGCAUGAAUGUUGAAGUGCCGCUGGAUAAUUAAGCUCAGUGGCUGAAUGGUGACAGUUCCCUGUGCUUAGGAAGGUGUCCUGCACCUUUAGAGGUUCAAACUUGGCUGUAUCUGCCUCAUAUUUUGAAACCACAACCUCAGCUGUGGUACAGCACUGAACGAUGUCCUUUAAAAUUGCAGAACUUUGAAGUUUGUACAGUGCUUAAAGUUGUUGUGGAUGUUAUAAUUGUAAAAGAAUUUGCUUUAAUUUUGAAAAAGAAAUAGAUGUAAUAACUUCUAUAUUUUUGUACAAGAUAAUUCAAAAAGUGCUAUAAAUAAUUCUUCCAUGUUUUCGUCAUUACUGAAACUGGUAAACUCUGAAGCUGUAUAUAGGUAUUUUUUUUCUCCCUUGAUUUGUCCUUAUUUUUGUCAUAGAUCACUUGAACAGAUGUUUAAUAUUAUUUUCAUUUUUAGACACACACCAUAAGCAAUGUCCAUUGUGUAAUAUAUUUGUAGAGUUUAGUUUUUGAAUUUAGAUAGCAAUGUAUAUUUCACUUUUGAGAAGAAAAUUUGUCAUAAUUUGUACAUUUACUAAUUACAUCAAUUACAUUUGACAAUUAUAUCUUUGUACAAUAUAUGUGUAAUGAAGUUACAGAUUUAGAAAUUUAUGUAGAAAUUUUUCAAGUCUUUGUAAGCAUUAUUGUAAUUGGAAUGGGCAAUAAUUACGAUGUUUUGAUUGUUAGUGGCUCUUGUUGAAUGAUGUAUCAGUAUUUUUUAUGUAUGUAUGUACUUGCAAUGUUUCACAUUUCCUUUUUGUCUAAAUAUGUUAGUCAUUUUAAUCAUGAAUGAUUUUUCUCUCUUGAUUAUUUCAUGCAAAAUGACCACCUCCUUUAUUCUAUUGUAAAAUUUCAGGUUUUUCAUGGGUAAGCUACAUAUGAAAGUUUUAUACAUCUAAAUGUCUCACAAGAUUGUUAACUAGAAAACACCAUGUGUUUGAAUAGCCAUGUGCAUAAAUAUUUUAUCCAUGUGUUUAAAUUGCCAUGUGUUUAUAUAUCCAAGUGUUUAUAUAGCCAUAUGUUUAGAUAGUUAUGUGUUUAAAAGUUAUGUGUUGAAAACAGCCAUAGGUCUUUAAUUGUAAAAUUUUGAUCAUGGUUAAAUGCCUUUUCAGUUUUCAGAAUAUGUCUUUUUGUCAUAACAUAUUUGAUCACACAUUAAAUUUGUUCGGAAAAAAAAAACGUCUAGGAAAUCAAUGAUGUCAUACACCUCAUUCUUGAUUUCAUUUGUUAUGUCAGCUUGACCACCAUUUAUAUGCAUUUCAAUAGUUAUAAUGCAUUAUAAUCUAGAUUUAACCAACAUAAAUUCAGGGUGCAAAGUGGUUUAAGAAGGCUGACUUUAUUAUAAAUUCACAUCACUGUAAAGUAAGCAUUUUCUCAUAGCUUUACUUGGAAAACUAUGUUUCCUAGUCAUUUUAAACUGUCUGACUUAACACUUAAUCUGCAAAAUAAGUAAUCUGCCUUGACCACAGGCCAGCCAGCACAUCCGUGCCGUCUGACCAGGCUCUAAACUUUUUUGUAGCUUAUUUUAUGUAUUUUGAUACUGGAAUCCCUUGAACUUGUAAAGGACUUUUCCAAAUUCAAGGCAGGUCAAAUCCAUUUCACAAAAAGAACAGAUUACUGGUUAAAUAAAACUAAGCAAUGCUGUUGGUUAGGGCACCAAUAUGUGUGUAUUUUACUAGGAAGACACAAUUUAAAUACCAUUGACUCGAAUCUGUACGUAAUCUGAUGGGUGAUGCAAAAGUAUGAUGAAAAAAGUAGAAUUCUUAAAGCAUGCAAGUUGUAAAUAAGUGUAGCAGUGCCAUUUUAUGCUUAACAUGUUUUUAACCGUUGGUAAACAAAAUCAACCCAUGUGAUCAGUGCAGACAAAGAUCAGCCGAUAUAUCGGUGUCAUCAGAUCAUGGUCUGCACUGUCUGUUCACCAUUCAGUCGCCCACAUAUUUUUGAAAUUUUCCCUUAAAAUGAUGAAUGGUUUUGUCCAGAGUGAAAGAUGGACAAGUUCGUUUAAGAUAAUUUGAGAGGUUAAGGUAGAAAAGAGAGCAUUGUUGAAGGAUGGAUAAGUAUUAUUUGAUUUUACAGAUAUAACAUGAUGAGAAUUAAUGGCUGAUGAUUGUUAUGACUUGUUGUUUCAUGAUUAUUUUUUUAUAUAUUUGAUUCUUUUUUUUUUAAAUUUUGGCAAUGGUGUCUGUUGUAAAUAUCAAUGAAAUAAACAUUGGGUGAGAAUUAACGAUCACAAAUAGCAUUUCAUGAUUCUUUUUCCUGUUAAAUUAAAGUCUUUGUACAUAUGUUAUAAUUAAGCUUUUAAUGUUAUAAUAAAUAUAGCCCAGCAUUUUGUUAUAGUCUCCGUAUGUUUCUGUUUUUACUGUCUUAAUGAUAGUUUAUUUCAGCAAGACACUUUCUUGAAGACCGUGUAAUUAUCAAGAUGGUUGAAAUAAUUUUAUUUUUUUACUAUUAAAAGACCUACUGUUUACUGUAUUAACUAGUUUGAUUACUGGCCCAAUAUUAAUUUGUUUCUAGUCAUAACAUAAGGCAUUGGAUGAAAUGGAAUGGACCAGGAUAUUUUUUUUCAUUGAUUUAAAGGCACAUUGAAGCAGCACGCCUCCAGAUUCAUGCUAAUUUUCAUGAAAAUUUUGAAAAUGUAUUAAAAAAUAUUGCGUAGUGAACAAAGUAAAUAAUUUUCAAAUUGCAAACAGUACUUUCAGACCAUAAAAAUACCAAAAAGAGGUCAAAUAUGCAAAAUUUGCCCUUACUGCAAUAGUAACGCAGAUGAGAUAGUGAAAAAUACUGCAAAAUUG